AUGAAAUCCGCAGACCCAUUUUUCGGCAUAACCACCGAUGUCGGGGAGAGCUGGAAGACGGCGAUCUCCCGAUAUGAGGAUGCCACAUCGACUAAAAUCACGUCCCUUACAUUGGCAAGGAGCGUGGAUGACAUAUUGGCAGAGGUACAGGAUAGGGAGACGAGAUUCAAAGAACGCCGCCAUGAUGGGUCAAAGACAGACCGGUUUCGAACCCUCCUCCACAAGAGUUUGAAACCUCUUGAGAGACUCUGUGAGAUAGUUACACAGUCAGGGUCGAGUGUCUUCCCCCCCGGGGUUGUCAUCUUCACGGCGAGCGUGAACAUUGUGUCAGCCGACUAUGAUAAGGUGGUUGAAUUUUUUGAAGAUGUGAAUUUUUACCUCAACACACUCAAGGUUCUAGAGACAAAAGUGCCUCCGAUCAAAGAACUCAAAAAUGCGAUCACCGAGGUCCUGACAUCAGUGCUCAUGCUCUGUGGGAUCUUUGCUAAAUAUGUCAAGAUGAAACGAUUCGCAAAGGCGCUUCGGAGUCUUGGCUCAGAUGCAGACGAUGAGCUCGCGGCUGCAUAUGGACAUUUCCGCAAGGCAGUUGAACAAGAGGCAGCUAUUGUCAGGAAUGCAACACUGGUGGCCGUGGAGCAACUGAAAAUGGAGACGGAUGAGAAGAGUGCAUUGAUCUUAGACGGCACAAAGCAAGUAUAUAGCUAUUUAAGGGAUCAAGGCCAGGAAGAAGAUCAAGAACGAGAAAACAUUCUCAAAGGCUUGUCGUCUCUGACUUUCGACGGAAAGCAGCGGGACAAGUUCGCAGAACAUUAUGAUGGCACUCGAGAGAGCGUGCUCCGUUCUGAUGGAUUCCAACGAUGGUUGCAAGGAGACCAGAACUCGACGUUGUGGUGUUACGGGAUACAUCCAUCGCUGUCAACUAUCUUUCGAAAGACCUAUAUUUUUGUCGAUGCUCUGGACGAAUGUCCCGAAACCAAUAGAAACAUAUUUCUUCGAUUGCUGAAGGACUUGGAACCCGUGGCUCGGCUAUUUUUCACAUCUCGCCCUAAUAUUACCCCUCCAGUAACAUUCACGGGUAUUACUCGAAUCGAGAUCUCAACAACUAAAUCCGAGAUCGAAACCUAUCUAGCAUCCGAGAUAAAGAAGAAUGAUCGACUGGCUAGAUUUAUCACCAAGGACCCCAAAUUGAAACAGGAGAUCAUUGAAAGCGUUAGCCAAAAGGCAGCGGGGAUGUUUUUGCUUGCGUAUUUUCAAAUACGUGGUUUGGGCAAACAGAAUAGCCUUCGAGGUGUCCGGAGAGCCAUUUCCGCAAUGCCAACGGGAAUAUACGACACUUACAAAGCUGCUAUCAGUCGCAUCGAGAAGGAAGGAGAAGAGAAUUGCGAGGCCGUGAAAAGGGCACUUUCAUAUAUCUACUGUGCGAAGAGGCCACUAACAGUUGACGAGCUGGUCCAAGCUUUGGCGGUUGAACUUGAGGAUACGGAUUUGGACGAAGACGCAGCCCCAGAGACCGACUUUCUCCUCAGUGCCUCUGCCGGUUUGAUUAGAAUUGACGAAAAACGCAACGUUAUCAGCCUAGUCCAUCAUACCUUACAGGAGUUUUUUGAGGCAAAUCCUGAACACCUUCUCCCUGACCUUGAAGCCGAGUUUGGUCGGUUAUGUCUGACAUACUUAUCAUUUGAUGUUUUUGAAGAUGGGCCAUCUACGGAUGGGGAGAGGCUGAAACAACGUUUGCAACAUUACCAAUUUUACGAUUACGCUUCUCGUAACUGGGGCUAUCAUACAACGGAGCUGCAAAUUGAUGAGCAAACGGACAUCGUCAUCCCUUACUUGGAAAAUAGCCAAAAAUUGUCGUCUUCCAUCCAAGUGUUACAUCUAACCUCGUAUCGAAAAAAAAACUGGUACGACCGUUUCCCAAGGCACUUUGGGCCCUUGCAUGUCGGCGCCUACUGGAAUCUAAAGCACAUUGUGAGGUCGUUUUUGGAAGCCGGUUUUGAGGUCAACAGCCAGGACAGUUACGGAAACACAGCGUUACAAGUGGCCGCCAAGAAUGGCCAUAGGGAGAUGGUGCAACUUCUCCUUGAAAAUGGAGCAAAUCUCAACCUUCAAAAUCGAUCUGGCGAGACCGCUUUAUACUGGGCGGCCAGGAGCGGACAUAGGGAGACGGUGGAAUUCCUCGUAGUAAAAGGAGCCAACGUGCUGUCUGAUCACGAAGGGUGGACGGCGCUGAGCUGGGCAAUCGUGGGAGGACAUGUUGAAGUCGUAAAAGUGCUUUUAGAUAAAAGUGCCGAGUUUGGUGCAGAAAGGGAUGGAAAACACAAAGCGCUUUUCCUCGCCGCUGAAGAAGGACACGACAAACUGGUGCAGGUGCUUUUAGACAGUGGAGCAGAUGUCGAUGCCAGGGACCAUUUCGGCAGCACUGCACUUGACUUUGCGGUUUCGGUAGGGAAUGAACCAACGGUGAGGGUGCUUCUCCAAAACAAAGUCAAUGUCAACCUGGAAGACGGUUACCAAAACUCCGCCCUGCACUGGGCUGUCCCGUACCCGUCCAUAAUGCAACUAUUGCUGAACGAAGGCGCAGAUCCCCAGGCCAAGAACAAUCGCAAUCAGUCAGCGCUUUGCUGGACCGCUCAAGGCGGGUCCGUGGAAGUUGCUCGAAUGUUGAUUGCGGCAGGAGCUGGUGUAAAUACUCAAGAUUAUUUAGGAGUUACGCCACUGCACCGAGCAGCCCUCAGGGGCUCUAAAGCCAUGGCAUGGUUGUUACUUGAGAAUGGAGCUGAUCCGAAUUUGAAAGACGAUGACGGCUGGACAGCUUUGCACGGCGCAGCUUUGCAAAAGCACGAAACACUUGUCGGGAUACUUCUGGAUAAAGUGGAUAACGGGAAGGCAAUAUUAGAGUGGGUGAGUCUACAGGCACGAGGUAAGAAACAGCAAGCCUUGCUGGCAAAAACCAUAGCCACCAAAAUGCAAGGGAGCACAGUCGUCACGGGUCUGCGCGAAGCUGUACAGGAAUCGCAGAUCGGCAGAUUGCAGGUGAUAUUGGAGAAAGGAGCGGAUGUCAAUGGCCAGGACCCUGGAGGAUGGACGGCACUCAUGAUGGCGGCUGAGAGCGGAUAUACGGACGCUGUGAGGUUUCUCCUGGAAGAAGGGGCAGAUGCCAAUAUCCGUGAAUGUGGACAGCGUACAGCGUUGUGGUAUGCCAUUAACCGUGUGCAUGAACCAGCUAUAACCCUAUUGAUCGAAUACGGAGCCGAUGUCAAUGCAAGCGUAUACGGAGUUACCCCGACUAUGCUAGCGAUAGAAAGGGGUUCAAUGGCGAUCGUAAAGCUCUUACUCGAUGCGGGUGCUAACAUGGACGCACAAGAUUACCACGGGCAGACAGCCCUGCAUAUAUCUGCUUUAAACGGUCAAGGUGAAAUUCUGAAGCUAUUGGCAGAAAAGGGGGCCGAUUUGACCAUUGUGGAUGACAUCGGGAGGUCGCCCCUCAUGCUUGCAGUUAAUAAACACCAGAAUGGACUCGUGAAAUUGCUCCUUGAAACCGGAGCCGGGGUUGAAGCGAAAGCUCAAGACGGCUCUACUGCAUUGCAUCUGGCCACAUUUUUGGGACAUGACUCUAUGGUAGAACUGCUCCUUCAAAAAGGAGCCGAUGUUAAUGCUAAAACCCGCGAUAACCUCACGGCAUUGCAUAUUGCGACCCUUUCAGGGUUCGGCACGAUAGAGAAGUUGCUCUUGACGAGUGGUGCCAAUACCCAAGAAGAGGUUCGAUGGAGUGAAAUCUGGAAAGACAAACCUGACCGCGGUUGCGAAUAUGAUACAGAAAGAAAGACCUUGACUCAACUCCUUUACGAAUUCGGACCUAAGCGGGGCCUCGAUUUCGUCAAGGAAGAUACCAAGGUUGGGAUACCACUGAGCUCUGGAUAA